AUGAGUCCUUCCUUGCUGGAGUUGAAACAUUUGAGUCAUUUGGACUUAAGCCUCAUUGAUUUUCAACUUAGUCCAAUCCCAUCAUUCCUUGGGUCCGUGAAACAACUAAGGUACCUUAAUCUUUCCUACUGUUUCUUUUCGAGGAGGCUACCACACUAUCUAGGAAACCUCACCAACUUGCAAAUUAUUGAUCUUAAUGAAUUUUACGGGCAUGACUUUCUUGUUUAUGAGUUAUACAUGGAUGACUUCACUUGGGUCUCCCAACUUUCUUCUUUGCAAUAUAUUAACAUAAGGGGACUUUAUAUUGAGAAUGAUAUCAAUAUCAUAAUGCAGAACAUAACUUCACUCAGAUUCCUUGACCUUUCUAGCAAUAAUCUAAUCUCUACGAUUCCAUUGUGCUUCAUCAAGAGAAUUCAACAUGUCAAUCUUUCCAACAAUAAAUUCUCUGUUCUCCAAAGUUCUCAUCCUUGGAAUUCCAAACUCACUUGCAAUCUAAAAUCCUUGGACUUGUUUCCUAACAAUAAAUUUGAAGGAGAAACAUAUGGAAGCAUAAAAAAUAUAUCAGUUUGCAUUAACAAUGAUUUACAAGAACUGGAUUUGAGUCACAAUGAGUUGAAAGAUCUUAUAGAAAGCUUUGGCCAACUUAAGGACCUGGUGUACUUGAAUUUGGCUUCAAAUUCUUUAAAUGGCCCAAUCCCAUUAUUCUUUAGAAAUUUGACCAAAUUGGAAGAACUAAUUCUUAAAGAUAAUCAGUUCAAUGGAACAAUUCCAGCAUUUUUAGGGAGAUUUUCCUACUUAAGGGUGUUAGAUGUUUCUAGCAAUUACUUAACAGGAAACAUUCCUGAUGAUCUUAGAAAGCUCUUUAACUUGAAAAUUUUGGAUCUUUCCACUAACUCCUUGGAAGGCUUUCUAGGGGAAAUUAUCCUUGGUAAUAUGUCCUAUCUUUGUGAUUUAAGGCUAGGAAUGAACAAGUUAUUUAUAAAGCUUGCACCCAACAGGUUACCUCCUUUUCAAUUGAUAAAUCUUAAUUUGUCAUCUUGUAUAAUUGGGACACCAUUUCCUCAGUGGUUUCAAAGCCAAAAGAAGUUCGUCAACUUAGACUUAUCAAACACUAGCCUUUGGGGAACCCUCCCAGCAUGGUUUCAACAAGAGAAUCUCUUUGUGCUAGACCUCUCCAACAACGAGAUUAAUGGACAACUCCCAAGAAAUCUCCAUAAUAUGAUUUUGAAUUUAACCAGUAUGUUCCUUAGUAAUAAUCUUUUGAAUGGUUCUAUUCCAAAAUCACUGUGUAAAUUGCAAAGCCUUCAAGAUUUGAACUUGUUAAAGAACAAAUUAUCUGGGAAGAUUCCUAGCUAUUUGGGUGAAAUUGAAUCCAUUGAAUUGAUAGAUCUAUCAUCAAAUGAGUUAUCAGGCGCUAUUUCUCAAUCAUUUUGCGGUUCUUAUUGGUUUAUUCAAUCUUUGAACCUGAGCAACAAUAGUUUACAUGGAGAGCUUCCAUCAACCUUGCGAUCUUGCUACUGGUUGGAGAUUUUGGAUCUUGGCAACAAUCAACUAUAUGGCAUUAUACCUUCAAGCAAAUGGGAAGAAUCUGAAGGGAAUGAUACACGCAUUGCAUAG